AUAUGAAGUUGUUUUGAUAAAUAUUAAAAUUCGAUAUAAAAUUUGUGGUGUAGAAAAAAAUUAAAAAAAUAAAAAAAUGCAUAAAGUUUCAAGGAGUUCCAAAUGUUGUCCUACAUUUGAUCAUUUGCCCGAAAAUAUAAGUUGUUUUCUACCGGACAUAUAUAAGAGUUGGCAUCGGCUAGUGGCACGCCAUAAGCAUAUGUUUACGAAACGUAAACGUUUACUUAAAAUCGCUCAGCAUAAUCGGCCCAUCAAAGGUCGAUUUAUACCCCAAUGUCCUUGUAAAUAUAAAAAACCCAUUGAAUUUGUUCGCGUUGUGCGCAUACGAACACGCACAGAACAAUUGGCUUUACCAGCAGUGCGGAGACUACUUUUAUUUAAAGAAACAGUUAAGGACUGGUUUGAACCCCUGCGAAUAUUGGGCAUAAAUCGCUUAAUUCGUCUGAACUUACUGUCUGUAUAUAGUCGCCUGGCUAACAUACAACCGCCACAGAAAAAAGUGCCAAUACAGAAAUGGGAUGAGGCUGAAUGGAAAAAACACACAAAAUAUCUGAAAAAGUUGGCGAAACCCAAAAAAGAGCCAAAGCAACCGAAACUGCCUGUGCAAAGAAUGGAACUCGAAAAGAUGAGCCGAUUCAAGGUUCUUGCUUUACCCAAGACGCUUGAAGAACCGGCUAAAGAGCCUUGGACACUAACACCAGCCAUGAAGUCGUAUGAGCCGUCGGAAAAUAUAAAGAAAAUGGCACAACCAACAGCGCAUGAUGACUCCGCACUUAUUCAAAGCUUGCCAGUGCCUAUUAAUCCUACAGCUUUAACUUACAAAGCCACCAAACGCACUAAGGAGUUAGCUACAGCACGCGAGAAAGGAGUGGGAGAAUCGGACCUAAAGGAGAAUCCAUUCUCUAUAUCUCCGAAUGCACUUAAGGCACGCCCCACCGCUCGCAUUAAAGAGUUGGCUGAGCCAAAAGAGUACGAAAAUACACAUAUACGUGAAAAUCCCUUUGCAAUUUCUCCAGCCGCGCUUAAAGCCAAAGCAUCGCCAAGAAUUAUUGAACUGGCAAAACCCAAAGGCAGUUAAUAUAACGUUUCUUUGUUGUUUAAAAUUUUUCGUUAAAUUUAAAUUAUUUGUGAUUGUAGUUACAAUUUUUUAUAAAAAUGCAUAAUACA